UACAAACAAAAAAAGUCAAGUGUUAAACAACGUCGUACUCGUCGUCUAACGGCAUUUAAAUGUGCUGACAAUUACAAAAACAAAGUCAAAGUGCAAGUGCCGCUAACACACACACACACACACUCACACACAGAGUCAUAGAGCAUAUGUGUGCAUGUAUUUGUUAUUGAUUGUUGCUAUCGCUUCUACUGCAUCUCUCUCUUACGGAGGACAAGGAACCUCGAGUUCUGCCUCCUCCAACAAUUCAUCGCACAAGCAGCAGCAGCAUCAUUCCAACAACAAUCGACAGAAGUCACAGUCCAGCACAUCACUUAACACGGCGCAUGAGCAGCAGCAGCAACAGCAGCAGCAACAACAGCAGCAGCAACAACAGCAGCAGCAACAGCAUUUGCAACCGCAACAACAGCAACAGCUGAACAAUUCUGCGACAGCAACGACAACAACAAAAUUUUAUUCAAAUCACGAGGCGACCUACGAACGCGGCGUCGAUGUGGGUGACGAGGCAGCGCUGUUGCUGACAACACAACAACAACAGUUGCAACAGCAGCAGCGACGCCAGCCGCAACAGCAGCUGAGCAAUACGCUGCCGCAAAAGAAAUCAAAAUUUAAAGGACAAAAGCAACCAAAGCAAUUGCCACAACAACAACAGCAGCAACAACAACCUCAGCAGCAGCAGCAACCUCAACUGAUGACUUCGAUUGCAGCUGUGCCAGCCACCAACAACAGCAACAACAAUAAUAACAGCAACAACAGCGCAUUGGCCGCAUUGCAAGAUGGCGGCGUUGCUGCCGCUGCCGCUGCUGAUUUUUACCAGCAAUUAGCAGCAGCAGCAACAACAACAAGUGCCAGCAGCAACAGCAGCAGCAACGCAGCAGCAGCAGCUGCUGCAGCUAACGCAUUUCCCGCUGCUGCAGCAGCCGUUGCUGUUGCCGCCGUUGCAGCAAGCAGUUAUCAGCAGCAGCAGCAGCAACAACAGCAACAACAGCAACAACAGCAGCAGCAGCAACUACAAAUCAUUAACAACGAGCAGCAGCAACAACAACUGUUAGAGGCUAACAACAAAAUGCAGGAAAUGCAGACACAACUGGAUCGAUUUGGACGCGUGCAAUUGCAGCUGGAGACGAGAAUCACGGAGUUGUUGCCAUACCAAAGCGAGGUGACAAAACUGAAGGGUGAUCUGCUCAAGAUGCAGAAUCAACAGGAGAAAACACAAAUGGAAAUUGGCAAUCUAAAAUAUGAAAAUGAAUCUUUGCGCAAUCGUUUGCGGGACGUUGUUAACUCGCCAUUGUCGGACGCGGAGAAGCAUCAGAUUAUCCAAGACUCUCAGCGUUUGCAUAGCUCAGCGCCCGCCUCCAUAGCAUUGCCCAGUACAAACGAGGCGCCGCAAGAUGGAACGCCUUGCCUCACGCCGGACUGGGACAAGCACUCGUCUUCCAGCGAGACGUCAGUAGCGUGCCUGCAGGACAAGAUAAUACAAAUGGAGGAGAUGCACUACUCCACCAAUGAGGAGCUGCAGGCGACAUUACAAGAGCCCGAUCUGCAGACGCAGCUGAGCGACACUCAAACGGGAAACGAGCGUCUGGCCGAGGAGAAGGAUGUGCUCUUUCAGUCGCUCUGCCGGCAAACCGAGAAGCUCAACGAGUCGCGCACUCAGAUAGCCACGUUGCAGGAGCUGCUGCUGCGGGAUACCAAACAGGCGGCUGAGGUGCGGGAAAAGAAGCUGCUGGAUCUGAUACAGACAUCGCAAGAGGAGCGCGAGACGCUGCUGCUGAAGCAGGAGGAACUGAACGCAGAGCUGGCCGAGUUGCGCCAAUCGCGGGACACCGCUCAACUGGAGCAGCAGCGUCAGCGGGAACGGAACGGGCUGCUCGACUCGCAGCUGGACGCGGCCAAUGCCGAGCGCAAGCAGAGCGAAGCGCAACUCUCACUGGCCAAGAAUGAGAUCUCACAGCGUGCCAUUGAGAUCAGCAGGCUGAGCACGCUGCUCGAAAAUGCACGCUCCAAGAUCGAGGAGCUGGAGGCAGAUUUGUCGCGUGGCGACAAGGCCGAUUUAAGCGAUGUCCUCGAUGCGGCGCGUCGCGAGAAGGAUGCACUGGAGGAGCGUGUGGCCGAGCUGCAGGAUCAGUGCUCACGCAGCCAGGCGGAGUUGCGGCGACUGCGCGAACAGCUUGCCGGACUCACCGAGGAAUGCAAGGUGGCCAAGAACAAUGCCAAGUGCGCCGUUUCGCAUCUCGAGUUUCGGCUGGAGCAACUGCAGCGCGACAAGGACAAGCUAGCUGGCGAUUGUCAAACGCUGGAGGAGCGCGUGGCCGAGCUGCAGGUACAGUGCAAAUGCCACCAGGAGGACAAGGCGCAGCUACAGCAGAUGCUUAGCGAAACGCAACGACAUCUGGGCGAUGUGCAGCUGCAGCUAAGCGACAGCGAAUCCCGCCUGGACAAGGAGACACAGCUGCGGAAACGCGAGGCUGACGAAUGGCAACAGUUUCAGGCGGAUCUCCUAAUGACUGUGCGUGUUGCCAACGAUUUCAAGACUGAAGCGCUCAGCGCACGCGAGCAGCUGGUGCUCGAUAACAAGACGCAAAAGGAUAAAAUACGGCUGCUCGAACAGCAACUGGAUAAAUUAAGCAAGCAACAGCUGCAGCAGACGGACACUCAACAGUCGGUCCUGUCCACUGUGCAGCAGGAGAUGGCUUCACGGCGCAGCAAGCUCAGCUUCAGCCGGCAAGACUCACGGCUCUCAGUCAAAACUCUCAUUGAGAGCAUUGAGCACAAGCAGCAAGGAACAACGGAUGAGACGGAAUCUCACUACAGCUCCACGUCCAGUUUGAACAGUGGCACGCCUGAAACGGGCAACACACCCAUUAUACUGCCCGUAUCCAGUGACUGGCACGAGAGCCUACGUUUGCCCGUGAUGCAGAGCAGCAAUCUGCAUGUGAAUGUCAACAAUGUGGCAACAGUUGCAGGUGCUGCUGCAGCGACAACACCGCCAGCAGGAGUGACAGCAACAGCAGCUAAUACAACCAAAGCAACACAACAGCCGCAACUACAGCAGCAACUGUCGCAACAGUCGCAACAGUCAACGACAAGUGCGGCAUCAUCAGCAUCGCAGCCCUCCACACCAAACACGCCCAGCUUGCAACAGCAACAGCCGCCCAGUUUGACAACGCCGGGUCAAAGCCCCAGCAGCGCCCUGGUUGGCAGUCUCAGUUUUGGCAAUGUCUCAAAAUCCUUCAUCAGUGGUGAGCGCAAGGAUCCGCUCAAUAUGCUGGCCAAAAAUGGUGGCUCGAAGCGAAACGCGCUGCUUAAGUGGUGCCAAAAUAAGACCGUUGGCUACCGCAACAUUGACAUCACCAAUUUUAGCUCAUCGUGGAACGAUGGCCUGGCAUUUUGCGCCAUUUUACAUUCAUAUCUUCCGGAUCGCAUACCAUACGAUACACUCAGUCCGGCCAACAAGCGUCGCAACUUUUCACUUGCUUUUGCUGCUGCCGAAUCUGUGGGAAUUGGCACCACCCUAAACAUCAAUGAUAUGUGUCAAUUUGAAAGACCUGAAUGGAAACAGAUUAUGUCCUAUGUAACGGCUAUCUACAAGUAUUUCGAGACUUAAAUGACAACUGCAGCAACUGGAGAACUGGUCGCACACCUUUUGUAUAUGUAUUCUCAACUUUACAAAAUAUAAUUUCAACUUCUAUCUGGGCAACUAUUUAUUACCACAGCCUACUUGUAUUAAUGCAUUUUAAUGGCGCCCAAUAAUACUUUUUGGCACGAGUCUUAACCAGGACAAUGAUUUUUAAUCCUAAUUUAUAUUAUAAUAUAUUAUUUUUUUGUUUUUUGUUUUUAUACCUUGCAACUUUGCCUACUCAUAAAUAUAUUUAGUUAUAAUAUAAAAAUAAUUAUGUAUUGUCAGGUUUAUUCAGUUGUGCAAGAAUGGGGGGCAAAUUUUAAUGCAUAUUAUCAAUUUGAUCGCUGAUUUUAGAGUUUAUUUCAUAUACAUAGACCUAGAAAGAGCGAAUGGUCAAUUAGCUUUAGUAUAUUUAUUAUAAAACAAAACAAAAAACGAAAACAAUAAUGAUUAUCUUUAUCUUUAUUUAUACACAACAAACUAUUUUUAUAUUCAAUUCUAAAAAUACAAUAAGCAAAAUAAAUGGAAUCAUUAAGAACUUCAUGAUU